CGGAUCCCGAAAAGGACAUGCGCCGUUGGCUUCUCAAAGGCUUUUAAAUUUUGCGUGCAAAAUGGCCGCGCAGGUCGACUCGGUGCGGGUUAAAGUGGAGGAAAAGCCUAAGGACGGCUUGGAGAAGAAAAAGAAGAAGAAACGCGAGCACUCGCCGUGUACAGAGAAGCAACCGAGACCGGAGAAAGAGGCGAAAAAGAUUAAACUACACCACCAACAACAACAACACCACCACGUUGAACAACAGCGAGCAGCUCAGCAGAAGAAGACUUCACAAGGGAUAAAGUUAAGCAGCACAGAGCAGCACCGCAACCAUCACAACAACCACCACCAGCAGCAGCAGCACGGCGCCAACAAGGACGCGGUCUGGACGCCUCGGAAAGCGGCGCCUCUGCCGCACAAACCCGCUCCGUCUCCCGCUCCGCUCUUCACUUUCACUCCGCUUAAAGUAGCCAAGGCCGAAAGCCGCCACAGCACCAAGCCGCAUAAACACCCCGAGAAAGACGUGAAGCUCAAACCCAAGAAGGAAAACGCAGGAGUUAACGUGAGAGUCGACUCCUGUAAGAAACACGCAGAGCCCAAUAAUGAGAAUGGAAAGCCUCAGACCUUGGAGGAGUACCUACUAAAAAAGAAGAAAAAAAAGAAGAGGCACCGGGAAGACGAGCAGCGCAGCAAGCGAUUACGGACGUCUGAAAAGGCGGUCCAGACCGACGACUGCUCUUUGUCCACCGACGACAAGACCGUUAAAGAAGAAAUUUCCGGUCACGUUAGCUCGAAUGAGGGUUCAAGCUCACCUUUCCUCUCGUAUCAGGACCGCUUCAUUCGCAGCUCAUGCCUGAAAACGAGCUCGCGCUUUAGCAGGCUCAUUCAUGAGGAGGUGCAGCCCAAUGGUGGGGCAUCCAUUCUGCAUGCGUAUGCUGAUGAACUUUCACUCUUGCAGCCAGGAGAGAAGGAGAGGUUCGCGUGCGAGUUCCUGGAGCUGGCUUUUAGUGAAAUUUCUAAAGGAGCAGCACGUUAUGCACUUUCUGUGGUCCACGGCGCUGCUGCCUACCUCCCUGAUUUUCUGGACUACUUUGCUUUCAACUUCCCCAACACGCCGGUCAAGAUGGAGAUUCUCGGAAAGAAGGACAUCGAGACCACUACGAUCUCAAAGUUUCACUCGCAGGUGAGUCGAACAUACUGCUCUGGGACAUAUCGAGCUGGACCCAUGAGACAGAUCAGCCUUGUGGGGGCCGUGGACGAGGAAGUAGGAGAUUAUUUCCCGGAAUUCCUGGACAUGCUGGAGGAAUCGCCGUUCCUCAAGAUGACGUUGCCAUGGGGCGCAUUGUCCAGUCUUAAGCUGGACUGCCGCUCUAAGAGCGACGACGGUCCCAUCAUGUGGGUUAGACCAGGAGAGCAGAUGGUUCCCACAGCCGAUAUGCCCAAAUCUCCUUUUAAGAGGCGCAGAUCCAUGAACGAGAUCAAAAACCUGCACUACCUGCCGAGGACGAGCGAGCCUCGCGAGGUUCUGUUUGAGGACCGGACGAGGGCGCACGCCGAUCACGUGGGCCAGAGUUUUGACUGGCAGAGCACGGCCGCUGUCGGGGUCCUCAAAGCCGUGCAGUUUGGAGAGUGGAGCGACCGGCCGAGGAUAACCAAAGAUGUUGUGUGUUUUCAUGCAGAGGACUUUAACGACGUCGUGCAGAGGCUUCAGCUCGACCUGUAUGAACCACCUGUAUCACAGUGUGUGCAGUGGGUGGACGAUGCGAAGCUGAACCAGCUGCGCCGCGAGGGCAUCCGGUACGCACGCUUGCAGCUAUGCGACGACGACAUCUACUUCAUCCCACGGAACGUCAUCCACCAGUUUAAGACGGUGUCGGCCGUGUGCAGCCUGGCGUGGCACAUACGCCUCCGGCAGUACCAUCCCGUGGAAGCAAACAAACCCAGCUCGCCCGAGCCUAAUAAGCCCGACAACCCCGUUAACCAGAAGUCGGCCACACCGUACGAACCUCAAGCAGACACUUUGCACCCGGAAAACACACCUUCACUUAACACCAGUGCUCAAGCUCCCUCAGUUCCUCAGGCUUCCCUCCACCCAGCACGAGGUGACUCUCUGAACAGCAGCAGCUCCAGCAACCUUCACUGAUUUCUCCCAACGACCUGCAGGUGACUCAAACCACUUUCACCUGUUUAUCCACUUAACAAACCUGACUGACUGACUGACUGACAUUCCAGGAAAGGGUUUAACCUGUCUGACAAAACCAAGACUCGAAGUCUGACAGAGAUCUAAAUAUAUAUAUAUAUUUUUGUUUUCUUUUUAAAAGAAAAGCAUUUUGUUCGAGAAACAACCCCUGUAAGUACUUUUAAAAUUUUUUUUCACUCAGCCAAAGUAUUUAAUUUUAAUAAUAAUUUUUGCUGAUUGUUCAGUAUUGUUUUUAUAUUUGUUUAUAUCUGAAAUGAAGAGCAAAUCUUUAUUACUGUCUACAACACGGUGCAUCAUGUGGAUCAGUUAAUUGGUGUUUGCAAAAAGAAAAGAAAAAAGUGCCUAACAGCAAUCAUGUCUCCUAAGGAAGAAAAAAAAAAGUCCUGUUCAUUUCUGUGGUUAUUUCUUUUUCAUUUCGAUGUAUUUUUAUCCCAGCUGGUCAAUCAGUCUCCGUGAUUUUACUUUUCAUCUCAGCGCAGGAUCGAUUCUGAUAUUGUUUUUAUGCUGUUUGGCUUUGGAAAGUAAAAUAGUGUCUAAAUAAGUAAUAAAAUUACAACUGUUUCCAAAGAGAAAGGCUGUGCAAAAGCUGGAUCUUGAGACGCUUAAUCGGCUAAUUUACAAGCAAUGAAUUUAAAUCUGUGGAUUUUUUUUUUCCUUCUGGUAUAAAUUUCUCAGGGUCCCUUUUUAUUUGAGGGUUUUUUAUUUUUAUUUUUAUUGAACAUUAUGGGUAAAUUUGUUACACUUCCACAACUGGAUCAUAUUUAUGGCAGGAAUUCAUGUUUAUUGCACAAGUCUUUGUCUCAAGCUUCUUCAGAAUUGACUUUCAGAUGCAAAUCACAAGAUUAAUGACAUGUUUUAAAAAAACGUGUUUCUUCAGAAAGUUGACCAUAAAAUGCACACACAACAUGCCUGGGUGAUUUACAUGAUUUCUUAUCUUGUAGUGUAGAGUGGAAUGUCUCUCAUGGGGUUAAACCCUUAAAGAGGUAAAGGGGGGGGCAAGAUUCAAGAGUUA